AUGCAUUUCCCACGCGCCACACUCGCUGCAUCUUCUCUACUGCUGGCGUCCAGCCAUGCAGCAAGCAUCUCAGAACACCAUGUCUCCGCGCGUUCAAACUGCUCCGUCGCGUUGCAGCACUGGCCCGCCCCUGCAGCAAAAGCCCUCAGCACCAUGAUCACCCGAAACGCAAACCAAAGCAACUACGCAGUCUUUGACAUGGACAACACCAGCUACCGCUACGACCUUGAAGAAUCGCUGCUGCCGUUUCUCGAAAACCGCGGUGUCCUUACGCGCCAAACUCUCGAUCCCAGCUUGAAAUUGAUCCCGUUCAAGGACACGGCCAACUUCACAGAGUCGCUGUAUAGCUACUACAACCGUCUCUGUGAAGUCGACGAACUCGUGUGCUAUCCCUGGGCCGCGCAGAUUAUGGUCCGGCCUCUCGCUGUCGGUGCUGAAAACCUACCGUCGAACGAACUAAUGGCCCUCAACACAUCCAUCCCCGUGCAAUACUACUCCGACGACGAAGUCGUGUCCUCGACCGUCACGCCGCCCAAGAUCUUCCGCGGGCAGACGGAGCUCUACAACGCGCUCAUGGACAACGGCAUAGCCGUCGAAGAACUCGUGCGCAUGGUUGCCAGCGACCCGAAAUAUGGCUACAAUGUCCCGCCCGCAAAUGUCAUCGGCGUGACGACUAUGCUGCGCAACAAGACGUCCGGCGCGCUGACGACCGCCCGCAAGCAGAUUGAAGAUGGGACGUACGACCCCGCUGCGUUCCUGGCCGACCUCGAAGGUCACGCCCGUACUUGUACACGCCCGCGAACGUGGUUCGCGGGCAAGGUGGGCCGGCGGUGUUGA